AAAGAAAAAGAACAAAAAACUGCAGGAAAACCCACAUUCGUCAUUUUUCUGCUUUCGGCAGACAGUAAUUUUUUCGCUACAAUAUUUUUUUAGUUAAUAGCCGGGGAUACCUCAAAAUUUAGUAUUUGCAUGAAUAAACUUUAUAGUGAGCAAUUAUAGUUCGUAGAUUGCGUGCAAACAAAGGAGAAAAUAUAUUCCGGGAACGUUAAAUAAGUAGCCGAGCGUGAAUAUAUGUCAGAAAUGGAGUUACGUACACGUUCUAAAUCAAGCCUUUCACGGGGUUGUUUAAACGUUUUCUCAAUAUAUUUGGUCAUAUUUUCUACAUUUACUGCAUUCACAUCCCUAUGGGCACAUGUUGACGAAUUGGAUUUAGAUGAAGACUUAGCAACACAAACAAAUUCCUUAAUAGAGUUGAAUGAGGAUAAUUGGCAAUUAAUGCUACGCGGCGAAUGGAUGGUGGAAUUCUUUGCUCCAUGGUGCCCUGCUUGCAAAAAUCUUGCGCCAACAUGGGAACGCUUUGCUAAAACUGCAAAGGAUCUGCGUGUAAGUGUGGCCAAGAUUGACGUUACCACCUCUCCAUCCUUAAGUGGGCGUUUCUUUGUUACCGCUCUGCCAACAAUUUAUCACGUUAAAGAAGGCGAAUUCCGUCAAUAUCGGGGUUCACGCGAUGGCGACGCUUUAAUGUUGUUCCUUAAACAAAAGCAAUGGCAAAAACUUGAACCAAUUUCAGCAUGGAAGAAACCUGACACCAUACACAUGUCUAUACUAUCGUACUUCUUUAAAUUAUCGCACACUUUGAAGGAUUUCAAUGUACGCCUCCAGGAAGAAUACGGUCUGCCAACUUGGGGUUCAUACGCGCUCUUCGCCAUCGGUACCAUAUUCAUUGGCGCCGGUUUGGGCUUGUUACUCGUUUGUGUUGUCGACUUUUUAUACCCACCAAAGAAAUCGCAACGUCAAAGCUUCUCCGAAUUCAAAGAAAAAUCUGCUGGUUCAGAUGGCAUAGAAGACUUAGCUGCUGAUGAAAUUGAGGAUGAAAACGAUCUAGCUGAUGAGCAGGAUGAUGAUGAAGAUGACGACGACGACGACGACGAUGAUGAUGACGAAGACAACAAUGAAGAACAAGAUGAUGAGAAUGUCGAUGGGGCUGGUGCAGAGGAAGACGAUGCCGCUGGCACUUCGGAUGGUGAGAAAAACUCAAACGCCAGUGAGUCAGAUGAACCAGAAAGUGAGAAAGAUAUCAAGAAAUCGGCUGGCGAUGGUAAUACACAGACACAGGCAUUCAUUGAUAAAGAGAAGAAGGAAAUGAGCAGCACUAGUCCGGCUGAGGUGCGUAAACGCAAACCACGGAAAGCUGAUUAAGAUUCACAGAGUCGAAAACUUAAAAACAAAAAUUAAAUAAAAAACAAUGCGUUUUUAAAUAUACAAAUAUUCAAAUCAAAUUUAGUUAGCGUACAGAGCUUGAACUCUGCUCUUAUAUUGCGAACGCCUACCUUUUGCCUAUAAUAUGUUUUUCUUUUUUCAUUUGCCUAUAAUAUGUUUUUCUUUUUUUCAUUUAGCUUAGUUAUUCAAUUUGAGUAUUUUGCUAUAGUAGAGGAAAAUUUCGUGCGUCAUAUUAAAGAGGUGAACUUAUAAGAAAUUGCAUUGAAAGCAUCUCUAUUUAUUAAAAAGAAGCACGAUAUAACUGAUUAGCCCACAUGAAACAUAACUGUAUAACACAUUGGUGUAUUAUCGAAUUGAAGUUUAAUUAUCAAGCUUAUACAAAUUACAAAUACAAACUAAUAUUGUUAAAUACAACAACGCACAAAUGUUAA